AUGUACAUACACCAUCUUGGCGACCAUUGUCCCAAAUUUCCCUCGCCCUUGCAGCCAACAACAUCCCACCCUCUGAACCUCGGCACUUCCUAUUCCGCCAGCGUCCGAGCUCAGGGACCGAACGCGCGCGCAUGCGCGGAACCUCCGACUGUACUACCCGCUACCAACGUGCUCACCGCCGACUUACCCUCUAGUCUAGGCCAGAAAAAAAGUCUCUGCCGCGAGAUUCUAGGCGCUGACUACAGAGGGCCGGCUGGGGGUGGGCUGGAAGAUAGGAUACGGAUUGUUAGGUGGACGAGUAGUGUUUCAGCAGAACAAUCGCAAACCGCACAACACACAUCACCGCCUCCACCACCACCCAAUUCCUCCUCCCAAAAACCCAAACGACCAAUCUACAUCCGUAUCCCCAUCGCCCUCGCUCUCACCCUCCUCACACUCACCAGCGGUUUCGUAAUCGCCGGUUUCCCCGCCAUGGCCUCCCUCCAAGACCUCGCGAACCCGCCCACCGAUGCCGAAACCCUCGAGCUCUUCACACCCAGCACAGAAGCCAUUGCCGAGAUAGAACGAAGCAUAUUCGACCACCCUCUCACAAAAUCGUUGCUGGAGGACCCCAAAUACAUUGCUUCACGGCCGCAUCUCAAGAUACCAGAGGGACUUCGGGCACAGAACCUGACGGGAGGCACACUCCUCGGCCCAGACAAAAUCGCCGUCCCCCCAAUCCAAUUCAGCACAGCCGACGGCUCUGAAUUCGUGUCACUGCAAUAUCUGGGUGAAGCGCUGUGUGGCCACCCCGGUAUCGUCCACGGCGGUCUGCUUGCCACACUCCUCGACGAAGGACUAGCACGAUGCUGUUUCCCCGCGCUGCCGAAUAAAGUAGGUGUGACGGCGAGUUUGAAGAUCGAUUACAAGGCGCCGUGUAUGGCAGGGCAGAUUGUGGUUCUACGGGCUGAGACGACAAAGGUUGAGGGCAGGAAGGCGUGGGUUAAGGGACGGUUGAUGACGCUGGGGAGUGAGGAGAAGGAGGGUGUUGUGUUGACGGAGGCGGAGGCGCUGUUUAUUGAGCCGAGGCAGGCGGCGCAGAUGAAGAGGGUUGUUAAUUAG